AGUAUUAUUCUCCUAGUGCACCCAGCUAGGGUUUAGGGUUUGUAGUGCCUUUGACCCUUAAACCCCAGUUGCAUUCGGGUUCAUGUGCUUGGGAUAUCUUUAGAAUGUUCUAGUGUAUCAAAGCCGCAGGUGUCCCUAGGGUGCUGCUCCUAUUCAAAUUUGGACUGUAGUUUUGAACGGAGGUUCAGGUUUGUGAUGUGUGUUUGGAUUGAAUUCACGGCGGUGGCGUGAGAUCGUCAAACACGAUGGUAUCUGCGUUGGGCUUAGCGGGGAAAAGCUCCCAGGGCAAGCAGAAGCAGCACCGUCAGCCGCAAGCAGGACCUGCCAAGGAGAAGAAGAAGCAAAUUGACAAAAAGAAACGUGGUGUGGAUGGUGGAAAGGAAAGGAACCCUAAGGCAUUUACCUUCAAUUCAGCCAAGAAGGCUCAUCGUUUACAGGCCCGCACAGCAGAGAAAGACCAGCGACGACUUCAUGUACCUAUAAUAGAUCGAGCCACUGGUGAACCCCCACCGUACGUAGUUGUUGUCCAUGGACCACCGCAGGUUGGAAAGACUCUUUUGAUUCAAUCCUUGGUGAAACAUUAUACAAAGCACAAUCUUUCUGAAGUGCGAGGUCCAAUUACUGUUGUAUCAGGUAAGCAGAGGAGGCUUCAGUUUGUGGAGUGUGCAAAUGAUAUUAAUGCUAUGAUCGAUGCUGCCAAGUUUGCGGACCUAGUGCUUCUCCUUACAGACGGGAGCUAUGGCUUUGAGAUGGAAACAUUUGAGUUUCUCAACAUUCUGCAAGUUCAUGGUUUUCCAAAAGUCAUGGGAGUGCUAACGCACUUAGACAAGUUUAAAGACGCGAAGCGUUUGAGGAAAACCAAGAAAAAACUGAAGAAUCGUUUUUGGACAGAAAUCUAUGACGGUGCCAAAUUAUUUUAUCUCUCUGGACUUGUCUAUGGAAAAUAUCCAAAGCGAGAGGUCCACAAUUUGGCUAGAUUUAUCUCAAUUGCAAAGUUUCGGCCUCUUUCAUGGCGGGCAGUGCAUCCCUAUAUCUUAGCAGAUCGUUUUGAAGAUUUGACACCUCCCGAAAGAGUUCAAGAAGACCCCAAAUGUGAUCGCAAUGUAGCACUUUUUGGUUACCUGCGUGGUAGCAAUCUCAAGUUAGGAAUGAAGGUGCACAUAGCAGGGGUUGGUGACUGCAAGUUAGCUGGAGUAUCGGCACUUGAGGAUCCCUGUCCUCUUCCUUCGGCUACAAAGAAGAAGGGGCUAAGAGAGAAAGAAAAACUUCUAUAUUCACCUUGGUCGAAUGUUGGGGAGGUGCUUUAUGAUAAAGAUGCUACUUAUGUGGAUAUCAAUGACCAUCAGGUGCAGUAUUCAAAAACUGAGCAAAAUGAGGCUGAACAGAGAGAUUUAGAAUCAGGAGUUGAGAACGAUGAUGUCGGCGUGACUAUGGUGAAGACACUUCAAAAUACUAAGUAUUCCAUAGAUGAGAAAUUGGAGAAGAGCUUUAUCCAGCUCUUCCGUGGCAGUGGCCCUAUGAAGCUAGAGGCUACUGAUUCUAAAGGUAAGGAAGAAAGUGGUGUGGAUGAAGUCGAAGAUGAGGACGAUGAGGAUAAUGAGGAUGAGGAAAAUGAGGAUGAUGAAGAGGAGGAAGGUGACGAGGACGAGGACGAGGACGAUGAUGAUGAUGAAGGGGUUGAAGAAGAUGUAUUGAGUCGGAAACGUAUCCUUCCUUCAACUAAUGGAAAGAUUACUAAGGAAAGUGAUGGUUCAGAUAGCGACGUCGAAGAUGAUGACGAGGAAGAAGAUGAUCCUAUAAAGUCUACUUCAGAGAAAAAGUUUUCAAAGGCAGUUCCUGAACGCGUUAAACCGUCUGAAGUAAAGGAGUUCAAAAAUGGCAGGAUAAGACGUAAAGCUGUUUUUGAGGACGACGAAGAGAUCGAAACUGGAACUACGAGGAUAGACAAUGAAGAGAAUGUUGUAUUUGAUGACUCAAGCGAUGAAUCUGAGGAUCUUGACGUGCCAAAGAAGCAGAUGAAACAAGACGGUGACGGGGAUUUUGACCAUAAUGAUUCUGAAGAAGACGAAGAUGAAGAUGGAUCUGAAGAAGAUGAUGGGGAAGAUGAGGAUGACGAUGAAGAUGAAUCCGAAGAUCAAGAAGAGGGCGAGCGAAAACCUAGGAAAUCGAGUCAGAACGACUCUGACAUGAAUGGGCCCACAAGGGAUGAACUCGAAAAAACAGCGGAAGGACAGUAUGGUCUGUCAGAAGAUGAUGGUUUAGUGACAGAGGGUCAUCUUGGAGAUGCAUCUCGGUGGAAGGAGGGGUUGUUUGCACGAGCCCUCGCUAAUGUGGAGAAGAAAAUAGAUUUGAUGCGCUUGGUGUAUGGUCAGCAAGAGACUUUACAAGGAAGCUCUUUACAGAACCAGGACUCUGAUAGUGAGGACGAGGAACUUUUUAGGUUGAGAAACGAGCGGCAUCAGAGUUCCAGUAAUGGAGCCACAAACCUAGAUGAUGCUGACGCAGAGGAUUGCAGUAGGCUAGAUAAGGAUCCAAACUCCUUCCAAGAUUGGCGUAAUCCUGAAGUUAUUGAAUCAAUACGUGACCGUUUUGUCACUGGAGAUUGGAAUAAAGCGGCUAAUAGGGGUAAGGCAAGGGAAAGCGCUGAUGACGAUACUGAGAUGUUUGGGGACGAUGAAGUAUUUGGAGAUUUCGAGGACUUGGAAACAGGAGAACAACAUGUUGCAGCCAAUCCUGAGGGAGAUGCUGAGGAAGACGCAAAGCCUGGUGGGCUUUCUGCAGAAGAAGAGGAUAGGCGUCUCAAGAAGCUUGCACUUCGAGCCAGAUUUGAUGCACAGUAUAAUGAGGGGUCGGAAGAUGUGGCUGAAGAACCAAUAGAAAACGAGAGCCGUAAGAAGUAUGGAGGGUCUGGAAAUGAAUCUGGCUCGAAGGACUACUUUGAUCAGAUUAAGGACGAGAUUGCCCUACGGAAACAGAAGAAUCUAGCCGAACUUGCAGAGGUGGAUGAAAUAACCAGGAUAGAGAUGGAAGGAUACCGAGGGGGUACCUAUUUGCGUCUUGAGCUUCACGGCAUGCCCUGUGAAAUGGUCCAGUACUUUGAUCCAACUAUUCCAUUGCUGGUUGGAGGAUUAAGUCGUGGGGAGGAAGCUGUCGGCUAUAUGCAGGUAAGGAUAAAACGACAUCGAUGGCAUCGGAAGGUUCUCAAGAAUCGGGAUCCACUUGUUGUCUCUGUUGGAUGGCGAAGGUUCCAAACGCUGCCUGUAUAUUCAAUAGAGGAUAGAAAUGGACGCCAUCGAAUGCUAAAAUACACGCCCGAGCAUAUGCAUUGUUUAGCCAGUUUUUGGGGUCCCAUAGCGCCUCCAAACUCUGGUCUUAUUGCCUUCCAACAUUUGAACAACGCACAGUCAUCAUUUAGGAUCAGUGCAACUGGUGUUGUUCUGGACCAAGAUCAAUCUGCCUCAGUAGUUAAGAAAUUGAAGCUUGUAGGCUACCCGUACAAGAUCUUUAAGAAGACGGCCUUCGUGAAGGAUAUGUUCACAUCUGCAUUAGAAGUCGCGCGUUUUGAAGGUGCUGCAGUUCGCACAGUUAGUGGCAUUCGUGGUCAGAUCAAGAAGGCCGUGAAAGCAGGGCAAGGGAAAGAACGGAAAGAGUGGAGAGAGGGCAGCGUCAGGUGUACGUUUGAAGACAAAAUUUUAAUGAGUGAUAUUGUGUUCCUUCGUGCUUGGACUAAAGUUGACAUUCCCAAAUUUUUCAAUCCGGUUACUACCUUGCUCCAAGCAAAGGAUGCUCAAUGGAAGGGUAUGAAGACAGUUGGGGAGCUUCGAAGGGAAAAGAAUCUGCCAGUUCCGGUCAACCAAGACUCUCUUUACAAGAAAAUCGAGAGAAAACCUCGACAUUUCAACGCACUCAAAGUACCAAAAUCGUUGCAAGAGGCUUUGCCAUUUAAAAGCAAGCCUAAGGAUCAGAAAAAGCGGAAGAAUCCACUGCUUGAGACGAAGAGGGCUGUUCUGAUGGAACCACAUGAGCGCCACGUGGUUACGCUGGUCAAUCAACUCAGCUUAAUACGCAAUGAAAAGGCAAAGAAGCGAAAGGUGGAGCAGGAUAAGAAACGGAAGGCAUACUUACUCAAGCAAUCUGCCCAAGAAGAGGUGUCCAAAAAGAGGAGGCGUGAAGAGGCAAAGGAUCGCUACCGUGAGAAAGCUCGGCAAGAAAAGAGCAAUGGUCCACGACAGUAUGGCAGUAAGAAAUCCCGAAAUGCAGACGAUUAAUGAGUCCACUUAGUGUUUUUAUGCAGCUAUAUGUCUCCGGAACCUGAAACCCCCAUAACCUACAUUUUUCCUUUUUUCGAAUUUAAUGUUUUGGAUAGCAAAAUCCACGGCCUUAUUUUACUGUUGACGAAACAAUUUUUUGGGUGAUUGUCACCAUGGUAUAACUGCAAUAUUUUCACACGCCCAGUUUGACCUGUACUUUUGGGGAUUGUUGGUACUAGCACACAUGUAACAUAUUAUUUCCUGAAAGGCCAAUAUGUUUUUGUA